UCCCUAUUCCAUCUCUUUUUGUUUGCGGUGAGGUUUAUUUUCUUUUUUUCUGCCUUGUCUUGUGUGUUACACGAGAGCAAAAAAUCUCCCCGACAAGUGUUACGCAUACGAACACACAUCGCUACCAUUGUGUCUUGAUUACGAAUUCCCCUGUCCUGUGGACCACGAUCACAAUGUACUUCUCAUCCUUGUUGGCCAUCUUGGCCUUGUCGACGACAAUCUCGGCCAUACCUCACCCCUUGCUCCCACGGGCGGCCAACGACACUCACAAAUUCCUGACCAACAAAACUCGACCGUACUCCGUCGACGGGGCCAACUUGCCCGACAUCCCCUUCGACAUCGGCGAGAGUUAUUCCGGUCUGAUACCCAUCGGAGACAAAGCGGGUGGUCAAGAACUCUUUUUCUGGUUCGUCCCGUCUGAGAACGAGGCCGCGGACGACGAGAUCGUCAUCUGGUUGAACGGCGGACCGGGAUGUUCGUCUCUUAUGGGGUUUUUGCAGGAAAACGGUCCCAUCAGUUGGCAGAGUGGACAACUCGCACCGAUCCGGAACGUUUAUUCGUGGACGAACUUGACCAACGUCAUUUGGGUCGAACAACCUGCCGGGACCGCCUUUUCGAGUGCCCAUGGUGAUGGCGACAAUCAAGACGAACUGGGAGUGGCUCAACAGUUUCUGGGAUUCUGGAAGAAUUUCAUUGAUACAUUCGAUAUGAAAGGUCGAAAAAUUUCCAUCACAGGUGAAAGUUAUGCUGGCAAUUAUGUCCCAUACAUCGCCGAAGCAAUGCUCAACACUACCGGGAAAAAUGCUUCCGAUUAUUACAACGUCACUGGCAUCUUGAUUUAUGAUCCAAUCCUAGGUGACAGGACUUUGGGAGACAAUGCUCCAGUUAUCGAAUUUGUCAAUGCUAAUAAGAAUUUAUUCCCAUUCGAAGAAGAUGUUUUCGAGCAACUGAACGAAUAUGCCGAUCAAUGCGGCUUCACCGAUUUGAUGGAACAAACAAACACGUUCCCACCGAAAGGACCCAUCAAGGUUCCCGAAAUUCUACAACUCAACGCAACGUCAACCACGUUGAGUAGUUUCGGAAACGACAGUUGUUAUUUGCAAUACUUUGUUCAAGCUUACAUCAGCCAACUCAACCCAUGUUUCAACAUUUACUACGUCGGUCAACCUUGUCAGUACCCCAGCGACAUCAUAGGUGACCCGUACCACACCAACGCCCCCGGAUCUCCCGCCGGGUACUUCACGCGCCCGGACGUCCAAAAGGCCAUCCACGCGCCCACGGCGAAAAACGGGUCGGCCUUUGAAUGGGACAUUUGUUCACCAAGGACCCAAGUCUUCGCCGGCGGGAUCGACAGGUCCCCCCCUUCGGCCAACAACGGUGGACCCCUGGGGAAGGUGAUCGAACGUACCAACAACGUCAUCGUCGGUCACGGGACUCUCGACAUGGUGUUGAUGGUGAACGGCUCGUUGAUGGCCCUCCAGAACCUCACCUGGAACGGCGCCCAGGGGUUCUCGAAACCCCUCGAGAACGACAUGGUCGUCCCGUACUACCCUCAAGGUGUGGUGGCUCAAUCCGGCAACGGGACCCUGGGAAAAUGGACCGAAGACCGAGGAUUGAUCUUUUGUACCGUCGAACUCUCCGGUCACGAGGUCCCCGGGUAUCAACCCGGGGUGGCCCUGAGGCACCUCGAGAAGUUGCUGGGUAGGAUCGACAGCUUGGACGACGACGCCGGGUUCAGUACUCAGGACACGUACUUCGCCGGCGGGUUCGACUACGUGCCACUGACCGAGGAUCAGAUCGACCAUCAGUUGGUGAGGAGGGCUCAGAUGCUGCCGUGACCUAGCUGGAAACAAGGUAAGAUGGGAGACCAAGAAAGUCGGAAACGGUCCAACUGGAGGAGACUCCAGAGGAGAAAAACAGGAGACACAAAGUGGUGCUGAAUACAGUACAGUCUGACACUCUCUUUUCAUCUUUUUCAUCUAUCAUAGGUAAACCUAGAUAGAUACCCUAGAUAAUAGUAUAUACCGUGGUCUCUCUUUACCGACCUCUUGAGGCACCUUGAUGCAUCCAAAACACUCCAAAAAAGCCGAGCCUGA